AUGAUUUGUUUACUGUCGUGCCGAAAAGGAAAUUGGAUGAUAAAUUUGUUUAUGUUACUUUGCAAUUUCGAUGUAAUUAUUUCGGAAGACUGUAAUUCGUACGGCAACGUUACCGAUAAGAAUUUACCAUUGGAUUGGCCGAACUGCUGGACUAAAGGGACGAUACCGUUUGCCUUUGAUUUCUAUUCUCUAAGUCCAAGGCGACUAAUAAGUCUAGUUCACAAGGGUCAUAAUUAUCUGCAAAGAUAUUCAUGCUUGAUUUUCAAAGAACAUAAUCCCGUGAUAUUGGCACAAAGAAAGAACUUCACGUACCUAUACUACACAUACUCCGGUGUUUUGGAGAGUUGCUGUCUGCAAUUUCAAACUAAGUCCGUCCGAAGAAGAGUAAUUCUAAUAUCUCCGUUAUGUACAUUGCCCUCCGAGGUGGCUCAUGUCACCCUUCAUGCUCUUGGUUUGACGCAUUGGCGAAAGGAACCUUUUUCUAAAUAUAAAGUAAAAGAAUUUUUAUUUCCGUACAAAUGUAGAGGAUUUGAUCAAAAGAUAAAAGAAUUUAAUGAGAAUUUCUAA